AGGCUCUUGUGCGGAAGUCAACGUAAACGUCAUAUCGAAGUUUCUGCGAUAAAUUGAUUCAUACUAUCCUCCAGAAAAUACCUUACUAGGAGGACAAUAAUACCAACCUGCAACAUUGAAACCAUUUCGUGCAACACUGUUGGCGGAGCAGAGUAGUAGCCUACAGUAAUAAUGUUUCUCUAGACUGAAUUCACUACUGCAAUGGAGGUCGAGGUGGACGUAAUAGAGUUCAGGGUACCCAUUGAAAAUAACAAAACACUGUUUGUCUGGAAUAUUCAAUCCACAUUCUCAGACGCGUUUAUUUACGAAUCCAUCUGGAACAUAUUCUGUAAAUUUGGACCGCUGUAUCUGGUAAAGGUGUGUCCCAAUGCUGCCGGGGUCGAGCCAGGGUUCUAUGCCCUAGUCAAGUACUUCUCCGCAGCCCAGGCAUCUAAAGCACAGAGAGCCACACAUGGAAGAGGCUUUUUCCAGAGCUCUCCUUUGAAGGUAAAGCUGAGCACAAAGCGGUACCCAAACUUCCUUCACAACUCUAAGCCACUGAGCCAUAGCAAGUGUCAGGACUUGGCCAAUCACUACCUGGGUUUUAAUGGAUGGAGCACCCACAUUGUUACACUGAAGGACAUCUCCAACUGUGACGAUGCCGGCAUGUUGUCCACCACAACUGGUGACCCUCAGGAGAUUACCCUGAAGUACGGCUGCAUCAUGGAUGUCACCUUCCCACAGCAUGGCCUUAGCUGCCGAGGCGUCGGAGUGGCUGAAGAGACCGUAGAGGGCACCGGUCCAGACGUUGUCCUGCUAAAAAGAGGAAAGCUCCAGAGAUGGGCCAGGGACAAAGCAGCGGUUGACGCUUUCGAGAAGGUUUUGCUGCUGGUUCUGGGUAAUGGGAAAGUUGUAGUUGAAUGCAGGGUGGAGCGAGAUGAUGUCCUACAAGAUGAGGAUCUGGAAGGACUCAUAAAGGUGAAUGACAUUCCCUGGAGCCAAUUUGACCCUGAUGGCCAGGAGGAAAAUGAGGAUAUACCGUGGGACCUCAGUGUCAACAUGUGACAUGUACAGUUUACCUGUGUUCACCUGCACUCACUGUGUUUAAGUUGGUGUCAAAGAACAACUUGGCAUUUCCCGUUACAAUUUUUCAGGUACAUUCUUUAAAAAGUAUGUAUUGUUUUGUGGAAAAUACCUUUUGUAAACUGUAUAUCUUUAUGUACUACUGCAUAUAACAUGCUUUUGAAAUUCUGUAAAUGUUUUUGGAACUUUUGACAAUUCAACAUUUUAUUAAAAGCACAAGUUGUUCGUUCCUU